UUCAGCAGUGUAUGAUAUUUAUUAAGUCCAUUUCAUGUAAACAGAUAAACUGGAAUUCAAUUUAAAGAAGCCAAGCCUUCAUGACAUCCAUGGAGUGAAGUUAUAAACUUGAUUUUAUCUAUUUUUUAUGGGAUCAAACGAUGUUAUCCUCUAGCUUCCUUUCAAUCAUUCUGUUCGUUUCAGCUUUUCUCGUUUCGGUGUUUUCGUUUCCAAGCCACAUAGCCUUAAAUAAAGAAAUGGAAAGCAAUCCACAACAGAGGCAUUUUGUAUUAGUUCAUGGCGCUUGUCAUGGAGCCUGGUGCUGGUACAAGGUUUUUACACUCCUAAAAUCAGCUGGUCACAAUGUUACUGCUCUAGACCUUGCUGCUGCUGGUGUGAAUCCGAAGCAAGUAGACGAGCUCCACUCAAGUUCCGAUUACUUCGAACCAUUGUUUGAUUUUAUGGAAUCUCUGCCAUCACAAGAAAGAGUCGUUCUAGUCGGCCAUAGUAUGGCUGGCACCGGUAUUGCUAUGGCUAUGGAAAGGUUUCCGCAGAAAAUUUCUGCAGCCGUGUUUGCUGCUGCUACCAUGCCGGGCCCUGACUUGAGUCCUAGUGCUAUUUCCGCAAAGUAUGCUAAAAAAUUCAGCGAUAGCAUGGACAAUCAAUUGUUCUACGGCAAUGGACCCGACAGUCCUCCAACAGCCGUGGUCCUUGGUCCCAAGUACAUGGAAACCAAGUAUUAUCGUUUUUCUCCACGGGAGGAUUUGGCAUUAGCUACAUUUUUGGUCCGACCGGUACCUGUAUUCAGAAAUAAACAAACUGAAAUACACUUUACGAAGGAGAAUUAUGGAUCGGUUCGUCGAAUUUUCGUCGUGUGCGAUGAAGAAAAUGCAGAAGAACAGAUAUGGAUGGUAGAAAAUAAUCCUCCGGAUGAAUGGAAGAUAAUCUCGGGCUCUGAUCACAUGGUCAUGUUUUCCAAAACUCAAGAAUUUUAUUCUUACCUCAUAGAGAUUGGACAGAAAUACUUCUAAAUUGUUCAUGUGCUGAGGUAAUUCGAAAAUUAGAAAAUAUUAAUAAUUUACAUAAUAUCUGUUUUUGACUAAGUGUUAGUUGUAUUUGUAUAAUAAAAUGUAAUUUUCGAAUGCACAUUAUUGAAACUCUAUUUUUUUA